AACGGCACCGGCACCUCGGGAACGGCACCGGCACCUCGGGGAAGGCACCGGCACCUCGGGAACGGCACCGGCACAUCAGAAAAGGCACCUGCACCUCGGGAGCGGCGCGGGUGGAGAGACACGGGACCGGCCGGACUGUCCUGCCCGGGGGCUCUUACAGUGGAGAAGAGAGAAAAAAAGUUGAGUAAUUUGAAAAAUUCAAGCCUGCUGUUCUACCUGUGAUGGGCACGGUUGGGAUGACAGGGAAUUUGGACUGAAAAGAUGACUAGUACUCUGCUAUAAGCCAAUUAGUCUUCUGAAAAGAGGAAAACCUACUGUUAAAAAAAAUAGUCUUUUCCCCAAGUUAACUUAUAUUGUCAAAUCUACUAUUAGACAACAGAUACCAAGCAAAAAUAUUAAUUCUGGUCUGAAACAAUUGUUUACAAAACAGAUAGUUACUAGAAAAUUAUUAAAUCUGAACUCUAACUCUUAAACAAAAGGCUUCAGUUAAAUUAUUUUUUUUACCUAUGCAUGACUUGCAUUUAGUGCAACAGCAGCACUUUAUUUGCCUUGGAAUGCAGUGUGUUCAAUUCAGCAAAUCCAUCUGAGUAGAUUUCCAUCAAUACUACAUCCUCUACAAGCCAUAUGGGAAGUCACUGAAAUGUGCUGACACAUACUUAGCUAUGAAGUAAUUUUGCCUAAGAGCAAGUUAUUUCCUAAUUGUUCACCACUUGUUUUUUGGGUCACAUCCAUUGUGUGUAAUGCAAUCAAAAUCACAUGCCAUUCAGAGCCAGGAUGAGCCACGUGGGUUCCUUUUACCUUCCAAGGGCAAGAACUACUGACAGAAAUGGUUUUUAACCAACUUGUUUUGAAAUAUCUGUUGUUCCUCAAACAACUGAAGUAAAAGCUUCAUCUUGUAUGGCCCUACUCCAGACUGAAAAGAUUACUGACUAGACUUUUGGUGGCCAUGAAAUAUGGAUGCUGUGCUGAAACUGCUUCAUCAUUUGUCCCCAAACUCAGAUCACAGAAUAUUCUAAUCUGGAAGGAGCACACAAGGAUCACUGAGCCCAACUCUUAAGUGAAUGUCCCAUAUGGGGACAGAGUGUGGGUAUACAAAUGUUAAAGCUGAAAUAAACAUAAGUGUGUAAUUCACUUGUUUCUAUAGAAAAAUCUUUUUAUCCUUAGAUCAUUUCUACUUCAUUAACAGGCUUCAGAACAUUAGCAAUGUUAGGCAAUGUUUGUAGGAUUCCCUUAUGUAUCUAUAUGGGGCUAACAGAAAGGGGGUGCAUGCAUAUGCAUAGUUUUUGAUUUUCAGAGUGGUUUUUUUUGUCUGAAAUCUCAUGUCAUGCACAGUUGUCUGGGGCUGCAGUCUUAUUGCAACAGGACAAUUUGCAUGUUUCUCAUGCAUCAUGGGAAAGCUUGUCACUGUGGUGAUUAAUACCAGUAAGUAGCACAGUAACAUGAAAAGAUGAGCACUGAACAUGCCCUCAGCUGACUGUCCUUGCUGGGUAUCUGCCUUUAAAGUUGUAGCCUCUGCAGUCAUUGCCUGGCCUGUAUUUCCUGUGUGUAUGUUCAGGUGUACACAUCAUGAUGGACUGCAGAAAGAGCUUCAUAUUCACAAGGACAGAUUUACUAGCCCAAAAAUAUAAUCAUGGAAGUACAUGUUCCAGUUUGAAUAUAUGUAGCAUUUUAAAAGAAAAUAAAACUGACAGCUAAUCUAUUAAACCUCACUAUUAGAAUUAAGGCAGUUACACACCUGCAGUUGUUACUCCACAGUAAUUGGUGUCUUGAUGUCCUAAUGUGUUAGAUGUCUCUUAUAUAGAGAGAUCUAUAUGUAUUUCCUUGUGAAGUAGUUGAAUAUAUUUAAUGUUCAUGGUUGAAUUAGCAAACUUUUUAUCUAAGGCUGAUUACCAAAGCAAUCUAGAUUGAACCUUUGGACAUUGUCUAAUCCAGGCCUGCUCAAAAUGCACACAGGCAGUUCAGGUUGCUGAGGGCCAUGUCAAGUAGAGUUUUAAAUUUCUUCAAGGAUGCUGAUUCCAAAACUUUUCUGGGCACCUUUUCCAUUGUUUCUAAAUGUUUGGAGUUUUCCUCUUUUUCCUUACCCCCUCCCCCUCAUUUUGUAUCUGGCUGGCUCUUCUCUUGUUUCCACUUAGGUCUGUUGCAUCUUGUGCUAUUGCUGUACAUUUCCAUGAAGGGUCUAGCCUUACAUUAAGCAGUUAGUGAUGACAAGAUCUCCCUUGAGCUUCCUGUUUCUCAGGCUGAACGUUCCCAACUCUCUCAGCCUCUCUUCAUAUGUCAGGUACUUCAGCACCUCUGACCACCUCUCUGGGCUCCCCUGAGCUCAUCCCAGUGUGUUUGGUGAGUAACACUCCAGAUGUGGCCCCUCAAGGGUCAGACAGGAGGGAUCCCUUUCCUUCCUCACUUUUGCUGCUCCAGCCUGGAUGCAUGGGCUCAUGUUCCCAGCCUUACUAGCACAUCAAAGUCCUGCAGAGCUGCUUCCCCAUCAGAGAGCCCAACUUCUACUGCUGCACUGGGCACUGUAUGAAGGGAGAGGCCGAUGCUAAUUUUACAGACUGAGGUCUGAGGUUAUCCCUAACUACCAAUAAUGUAUCCUGUAUUAAUAUAUUGCUGUUUGAAUUACAAGCAAUGCAAUCAGUGUAUACAUAGAUGCAAACUUUGCUGAGUAAUAACAGCAUCUGAUAAAGGAGGCCAUAUUUUCUAAACCAUUAUUUGUUCAGCUGAAAUAUUUCAAAUUGCUGUUCCCCCUUGCUCUCCUUGCUUAUUUAUUUCUGCUCUUUAGUGUCAGUUCUGUCCCUGACACCAUCCAAGGAAUGCUUGGAAGUUAUUGUCCUCUCUUGGGAAGAUCUGGUUCCCCCUUAUUUGAAAUAGGAAAAUAAUGUGGCGAUGUUACAUUCCAGCCUACUGUUUCUCUUUAUUUAAAAAAUCCUGAAAUUCUGCCAAAUUGUGAGUUUCUCAAAGCAACAGUUUCCAAAUACCCCAAAAAUUUUUACUGUGUUCCUUGAGCAAAAGGUGCUCAAGAAAACUGAAAUCGAAACAUUUUCUUGAACAUCACAAUUCUCUUUGGCCAAAUAUUGCAAAUGCUGACCUAUGGGGUACUUGAGCAUGUUCAGCAUAAAGCUGAACAAGUGUCCUCUGUAAUUUGUGAUAUUUGUGGUCUAAUAUAAUGCUGAAAUACAGGCAUGAAGUUACUGUCCUUCCAUCCUGUCCAGGUACUGUGUGUAGAUAGGGAAGAACAUCUUGAAAAUGUGAAGUGGGAAACAGACUAGGUGAUGCACUUUAGAAACAGAAUGUAAAAGACAGGACUUAGGGAGAAUGAAAGAAAGUGCUAAAAAGUCCCUGAUUUUGCAGGACUCUGAAGUCAGGCUCAGAGAGAUGGCAUCCAUUUGUUAGGACAAAACUCUGAAUACUUUAGCUGUGGAGACAUAUCCCAGACAGGUACAGGUCCUCAAUGCAGAGUUAAAAGAUACUGAUGUUGAACACCUUAAACGCAGGUUUUGGCAUGUAGAUACAAUUAAUGUAGGCUUUUAGAACUAAAUAUUGGGAAGCUGGGAAAACCCAGGGUGAAGACUAUAAGUGCAAGUGCAACUUGAUCCCUCUAUUCUGCUUACAACUAGACUCUACUGGAUCUGCUGGAUCACGGAGAUCUUAUGUGAUGCUGUCCAUGUCACUGGAGAGGAGCUCUUCACAAGUGACCUUGAUCCAUGUGUUCACUCACUGAUGUCCAGCUUGCUCCUUUGGGAUCUUACUCAGCAAACCGUUCAAGGCUUGCAGCAGUGACUGAAGUCAGAAGGGGCUGACUUCUGAACGAACAUUCCAGACGGGAUGAAAGACCGUUUAAGUGAGCUGCGUGAAUUUGCCAGGUUACAAAACCAACAGUUUUCUGAUAGUGAUGAUGAUGAAAAUUCACCCCAGGAUAUUCUCCUUUAUGAGACGGACUAUGCCUUGGAAAUUCUUCAUAAGGACAUACAGAGCAUCCGGACAGAAAAUGACCACCUAAAAGCAGAUGUCAACCGUCUCAGAAAGCAAAACACCCGCUUCCUUACUUCCAUGCGCCGUCUUAGUAGCAUCAAGCGAGAUACUAAUGGUAUUGCCAGAGACAUUAAGAGCCGUGGAGAAAGCAUCCACAGGAAACUGCAGGUAAUGAGAGAUUUCUGUGAAGAUGCAAUAACAAAAUAUGGAGCUAUGUCUGUCAUUGCCAGGGUGGCGAAGAACCACUAUGUUGACCUCAUGCAUACAUUUCAGGACGCUAUGUUUGAUUACAAUGCAACAGAGAUGAACCAGCGAGAGAACUGCAAGAUUCGAAUUCAGCGGCAGCUGGAGAUCAUGGGCAAAGAUGUUUCUGGACACCAGAUUGAGGAGAUGAUUGAGCAAGGCAAAUGGGAUGUUUUCUCUGAGAAUCUCUUGUCAGAUGUUAAGGGAGCUCGUGCCGCCUUGAAUGAGAUAGAGACACGACACAAAGAGCUGGUGAAGUUAGAAGGACGCAUUAAAGAAGUUCACGAACUCUUUCUGCAGGUGGCCCUGCUGGUGGAGGAACAGGCAGACACCUUUGAUGUUAUUGAGAUAAAUAUGCAAAAUGUUGAGGACUAUGUAGGAGAUGCUAAAGACCAAGUGAAAAAAGCUUUGGAAUACAGGAGAAAACAUCCCCUCAGAACAAUCCUCUGCUGCUGCUUAUCAUGUUGCAGAAGGUGAUGAUCUCCCAUUGGAGUUAUCACAGACUGACCUGAAUGCCUUCAAAACCAGGUGUUCUUUCCUGAGACUUUUCUCUAAUGUCAAGCCCUAGAAAUGGGGGAUAUUUUGCAGUUGGUUUUGUUCAUUGCCUUUUUACUAAAUGUGCUGAAGGCUGUUUCUACUUAUGAACUCCUAGAAAUGUUGAUAAAAACUGUUUUUAAUCUAAUUUUUAUUGAAAGGUACUGUUACUGUAACUAGAGUACUCUACAGUGAUACUUGUUUCAUAUAGGCAAGAAAGAAGAAUGAGUAACUUGUACUCGGGAAGAUGAAUACUUUCAAAAAGUAACUUUUAUCUGUCAAAGUGAAGCUGCAGGCUGAAGCCUUAUU